CACACGCAGCGGCUACGACGAGCAGCACGGCGACAUCAGGGCCACCACAGCAGCGCAGUCCUCAUCACUGUCAACCCGUUUCUUCAUCACGGCCAUGGAAUAUUAAAGCUGCCGGUUAUUAGACGCGUUUAAAACAGGGCCUCUGUUUUGGCGGCGCACAAAGCAAUGUGGAGGAGAUAAAAAAAAUCCUGAUACACUGAAAACCAGAGAUUAUAGAUAAUGGGCUGUGUGCAAUGCAAGGAUAAGGAAGCAACCAAACUCACAGACGACAGAGACACCAGCAUCUCCCAGGGAGCGGGCUACCGCUAUGGGGCCGACCCCACGCCACAGCACUACCCCAGCUUCGGGGUUACUGCCAUCCCCAACUACAACAACUUCCACGCCCCCGUCGGACAGGGAAUGACCGUUUUCGGAGGGGUCAGCACUUCCUCUCACACUGGAACCUUGAGGACUCGUGGUGGGACAGGAGUCACCCUCUUUGUGGCACUUUAUGACUACGAGGCGCGGACAGAAGACGACCUCAGCUUCAGGAAAGGAGAGCGGUUCCAGAUUAUCAACAGCACUGAAGGGGACUGGUGGGAUGCUCGCUCGCUCACCACUGGUGGCAGUGGCUACAUUCCCAGUAAUUACGUGGCUCCAGUGGACUCCAUCCAGGCUGAGGACUGGUACUUCGGUAAACUGGGCCGUAAAGAUGCAGAGAGGCAGCUGUUGUCCACUGGCAACCCUCGAGGAACCUAUCUCAUCCGGGAGAGUGAAACCACAAAGGGUGCCUUUUCCUUGUCCAUACGGGACUGGGACGAUGUGAAAGGUGACCACGUAAAGCAUUAUAAGAUCCGCAAGCUGGACAGUGGCGGCUACUACAUCACCACCAGGGCUCAGUUUGACACGCUGCAGCAGCUGGUUCAGCAUUACUCAGACCGAGCUGCCGGGCUCUGCUGUCGCCUGGUGGUUCCCUGCCACAAAGGGAUGCCGCGCCUCGCCGACCUGUCCGUUAAAACCAAAGACGUGUGGGAGAUCCCGCGGGAGUCGCUGCAACUCAUCAAGCGUCUUGGGAACGGGCAGUUUGGGGAGGUCUGGAUGGGAACGUGGAACGGCACCACUAAAGUGGCGGUGAAGACUCUGAAGCCUGGCACCAUGUCCCCCGAGUCCUUCCUGGAGGAGGCUCAGAUCAUGAAGAAACUCCGCCAUGACAAGCUGGUGCAGCUCUACGCCGUGGUGUCUGAGGAGCCCAUCUACAUCGUCACGGAGUACAUGGGCAAAGGAAGCCUGCUGGACUUUUUGAAGGAUGGAGAAGGACGAGGGUUGAAGCUGCCUAACCUGGUGGACAUGGCAGCACAGGUGGCAGCAGGCAUGGCCUACAUCGAGAGGAUGAACUACAUCCACCGAGAUCUGCGCUCCGCCAACAUCUUGGUGGGAGACAACCUGGUGUGCAAGAUCGCCGACUUCGGCCUGGCCAGGCUCAUCGAGGACAACGAAUACACUGCUCGGCAAGGUGCAAAGUUCCCCAUCAAGUGGACCGCCCCCGAGGCUGCGCUCUACGGGAAGUUCACCAUUAAGUCGGACGUGUGGUCGUUCGGCAUCCUGCUGACAGAGCUGGUCACUAAGGGUCGGGUGCCUUACCCAGGCAUGAACAACCGCGAGGUGCUGGAGCAGGUGGAGCGAGGCUACAGGAUGCCGUGUCCCCAGGACUGUCCCAUCUCGCUGCACGAGCUGAUGCUGCAGUGCUGGAAGAAGGACGCCGAAGAGCGGCCCACCUUCGAGUACCUGCAAGCCUUCUUGGAGGACUACUUCACAGCCACCGAGCCUCAGUACCAGCCCGGGGACAACCUCUAGACCCCUCCCCCGCUUGGGGGUCGGCUCAGGGCUGGGGCAGGACUGGCCCAAUCAGUGCUGUUACAAAACUCUGGAGCCUUCCCAGCCAAGCCUUUAUUUUAGGGAUCUGUACAGCUUCCUCAGCUCAACCUGAGCAUUUCAGUUCCACCACCAACCCCUAAAAACAAAACCCUCGGUCUCAGACACGCCCCCCCCAGUGUCUGAACUCUGCUGAUGCGAUAAGUGGGGAAGUUCGGGAGGUGGGAUGGAGGAUGGACGGAGUCAGCUGGGGUUGAGUUAAUGCAAUGUAUUCAAUGUAAAUAAGAAAGGCUUGUUUUAGUUUAUUUGUUUGCUUUAAGAUUUUAUUUUCUCCUGCACAAAAUAAUAAUAAUGAUAAAAAUGACAAAGGAAGAGAACCAUUUCAGACGAGCACCUGAGCAGGCACAGUUAAUCUGUUCGUGUAUUAUACUGUAGCUCCUGUAUUACCUUUUAAGAGAUUGAGUGGACCCUUCACUUAGUACCCCCUACUUCGUGCACUGUUGUCAGUGCAAGUCAACAUGGAGUUUUUAAGAUGUCAGUUAGAGAUAUUCCUAAAGAGAGAAAAGCAAAUUUCUUGAAUACUAGUACUGAAGUUUCUUACUAAUGAACUCAGGAGCUUCGGUAGUAAUCAACAGAGGAGGGUUAGCAGGGGUCUCACUCUCUCUGUGUAUCGUGAGACAAGAAUUAGAUCGUUGCCAAACCGCACCAUCCCUCCACCCUGCUGGGAGACUACUGCAGGAGUUCAGUGCCAGACAGUUGGUAAGAGUCCACCAGCAACAUGGAUGUAUAAAAAGAAAUGGAUAAAACAUUGGAGGUGUUAUGAAAGUUGCUCUUUGGCGGAUAAAGCCGAAAAAGCCCGAUAUCGGGGUAUAAAAGUACCCAGAUCUUCCACAUUGUGGAGCCCAUAAAGCAAAUGCUCUAAAGGCUGCCGAGCGGUCGACUUCCAGUUUAGCACUCUGCUAACUUGAAUGGAGACAAAAAGUGAUGUAAUCCUUUAAUCGUCCAGACAUUCAAAAUAUUAUUGCACCAGUGGAUCAAGUUUUGAUUGCAAAACAAGUCAUUUAACAGUUGUUGUGACGCUCAAAAAAAUGCUUCCACAGCUUUCACUUUGCAAGUCUAUGGAAAAAAAUU